GAACCAUUGGACACCAGCGAGUGUCACAAAAGAUUUCUGCUCAAGUUAUUGUGCCUGUCACAUGUGUUCGAUCGAUGGAUCAUGUCCGAAAAACGAAACCUUCAAUCGCUAUUCCCUAUAUUCAUCCCAAUCGUGAGCACUUAGAUGAAAGGGCAAUUUAUGGCUUCAUUAUAUAUCUUGUAUGUUUUCCUGCAUUUGUAUUGUAUGUAAUUUGGGCAUAUAUUCCACAUGAAUGGUUGAAUUUAAUUGGAAUAACAUACCUACCCAACAAACACUGGUCAGUUACUGCGCCAAUCUCACUACUGAUUAUAUGUAUAUCUGGUCUUUUUGCUUAUAUUUGGAAUAAUCGUUCACUCAUGCAACCACUUACAUCGAUUUAUCAAAUUAGAGAUUCACUUUCAAUGCAUGCUCAAAAUCCAACUGAUAGUUAUGUCACAGAUCAACAGUCUAAUUCAAACGUAUCAAAACCUGUGGAAUUAUUGAGACCAUUAUCGAUAGUCCCUCCUGUGUAUGAUUUGGAUCAUAUUUGGGUGACAAGCGAGUUAUAUUUAAAGACAAAUAAAGUUACCACCUCAAGCAUUAUUGACCAUGAUAAUAUGAAGUGUUAACAAAACAGAAAGGAUAAGAUUUUGUUUUUGUAAAUUAUUAGGUGUUGAUUGCUGUAAAUAUUUUGAAUCUUCAUUAUUGACGUUCCCUGCAAAUCAUAUCCGCAUAAAGUUUUCCGACAAUGUAAAUAUACCUUCUUAUUUAAGGCUAAGGACGUCACGUUCUUUUUGAUUGUGUUUUUCAGCUGAUGGUCAGUUUUUUUAACAGUUAAACUUCAACAAAUUAGUUGUCAUCACUGAUUUUCAUGCUAAACAACAUAUUUAGGAAACUUGUACAAAUAUUCGUCAAUAUUAGAACGGAUAUUUUGGCAAAAAUUGGAAGCCCAGUAUAGAGAAGUCAUUAUAUAUGGAAAUUAUAUUUGAAAUAAUCUCAGCGAUUGAAAUUUAAAUAAUUCCAACGUUUCGUCCAGCUAACUUGUCUGGACUUCUUCAGGGUAGAAUAAUCAAAAUCAUCAAACAAAUAUAUAGCUUUUUAACAAUCAAAACUAUACUGUGUUAAACCAUAUUUGAAUGUUGAUUUUUGUAAAAUAGGAUAACAUGAGUCAGUUUACAUGGUAAUCAUGUGGAUAAUUCAACAUUGAAAUAAUUAACUGAAUAACAAAUUGCAUGUGUGUGAGUGUGUAGGUAUGUCUAUAUGUGUGAGAUUAAUUAUUGAUAUUUGGUGUUAAUAUGUUAUGUAUAAAGGAAUAAAUAAAAGUGCAUGUUCGAGGUUGAACAAUGGUUUCUGAAUCAUCUAUGUGCUUGUCAAAUUUAGGACUCAACAAAUACGUAAUUGUAUUGCUAAAAACUCAUUGAAUUCAGUUCAAAUAACGAUGCAUGUGAAAUAAACAAGUUGAAUAAAGAGAAGGUUCAAAUCACUUGUCAACCAGAAUUUGCCAGGUAGUUGCUAGUUGAAUACCAUCCUUUCGGUUCAAGCUGUUCUUGUUCAUUCAUAUAUACAGCGCUUCCACUGUCGAUCUUUCUUUCUGAUUGUUAAAACCUUUCUGAAGUAUUUUGGUCCCUUCAAAAUUAAUUUUGUGUCCUGUUUCUAACGCAUGUAACUCUAUCGCAGACUUAUUCUCAAGUUUCUUCAAAGCAAUCGAGGAUUUAGGAACAUUUUCCAAACAUUGUUUGUGUUCCUUCAACCUUACAUUAAAUUUUCUGGAUGUUUCUCCCACAUAAGCUGCAUUAUAAUCAUGACAGUCGAUUUCAUGCACAAUAUUUUGUUGUUCUUCCUUUGGUAACCUGUCCUUAGCUUUCACUAAUGUCGAUCUUAAGGUGUUACUCGCCUUAAAAUACACUCUUAUAUCAUGUUUGUUUAAAAUCCGCUUGGUUUCUUCCGACGUUUCACUACGGUAUGGGAUGACUAAGGUGUACUUUCAAACUUUUCGUAUACAUUCUAGUUUAAUUUUUCUUUCAUUUUUAACAAUCUUCUUUAAAAACUCUUGGGUAGUUUUUAUCCCUAAAAGUAGAAAAUGCUUUAUUCGAUUCAGUUCGUUGGUCUUCCUUAUCUGUAACAAGCUUAGUACUUCUGUUCAUUAAAUUUUUUACAACAUUAACUUUCGUGCACUGCACAUGAGCCGAAUCAUAAUCUAAGUAUCUCUCGAAAUGUGUCGAUUUCCUGAAAUUAUUCAAAAAUUGGUAUACUUAUUGGAGGUUGUGAACUUUUUACUACAAUCCUUUUUUCAAGGCGAUUUCUUCAUAAGUA